AUGUUGGGCCUGCACCCCCAGACGCUGAGAAGGUAUGCCGACCAAGGCAAAAUCCCCCACUAUCGGAACUCCGCUGGUCAGCGGCUCUACGACGUCGAUGCCUACCUCCGCGGAGCAUCCUGGCCCACUGUCGUGUGCUACUGCCGGGUCAGUUCCGCCAAGCAGCGUGGGGACCUCGGCAGGCAAGUCGCUCAGAUGCGGGAACUCUACCCCGACGCCGAGAUCGUCACCGACGUGGCCGGUGGCCUCAACUGGCAGCGCAAAGGACUGCUCUCCAUACUGGAACGACUGCAUCGGGGCGAUAAGCUCGAUGUUGUGGUUGCCCAUCGGGACCGAUUGGCCCGGUUCGGCUUUGAACUCAUCGAGUGGUUGGUCGUACAGAACGGCGGCGCAGUCGUGGUUCUCAACCAGUCGGAUGCCAGCCCCGAAUCAGAGCUCACCGAGGAUCUACUCGCCAUUCUCCACACGUUCAGUUGCCGGAUGCACGGACUCCGACGCUACCGAGCGGCAAUCGCGCAGGAUACGGGCCUAUCCGAAUGCCCGGCAGAAGGUUCAGAUAGUAACCUGGCUGGACGCCAGUCGAUGGGUCUACAACCUGACGGUUGA